AUGGGGACACUUUUAAGUGGAAGAGGAUUCGUCACAUUUCUGAUUCUCCUCCUGUUACAGUCGUCAGCAGCAACUGAAAUACCACUCUCAGUUCAACAGGUUCCAACCAUCACUAAGCAGUCCCAAGUGCAAGUCGCCUUUCCUUUCGAUGAAUAUUUUCAAAUUGAGUGUGAAGCCAAAGGAAAUCCGCCACCCGAGUUUUCAUGGACUAAGGAUGACAAGCCUUUCAAUCUUUCGGACCCUCGGAUAAUUGUGUCUAACAAUUCGGGAACAUUCAAGAUCCCAAAUGAGGGACACAUAUCUCACUUUCAAGGGAAAUACCGAUGUUUUGCUUCUAAUAAACUAGGAGUGGCGAUGUCGGAAGAAAUAGAAUUUAUAGUUCCGGGUGUUCCCAAAUUUCCCAAAGAAAAAAUUGAGCCUCUGGAGGUGGAGGAAGGAGAUCCUAUCGUCCUCCAGUGUACUCCUCCUAAAGGUCUCCCGCCCCUACACAUUUAUUGGAUGAAUAUAGAAUUAGAACACAUCGAACAAGAUGAGAGAGUAUACAUGAGCCAAAAGGGAGAUCUGUACUUUGCAAACGUGGAAGAAAAAGACAGUCGCAACGAUUAUUGUUGCUUUGCCGCGUUCCCAAGACUAAGGACGAUCGUACAAAAGAUGCCAAUGAAGCUCACAGUGAACAGUUUAAAGCAUGCUAAUGAUUCAAGUUCAUCCACAGAAAUUAGUUCCAAGGCCAAUUCCAUCAAGCAGAGGAAGCCCAGGCUGCUACUGCCUCCCCCGGAGAGUGGUGGCGAGUCUUCAGUGCCUGUCCUCAAAGGGGACACCCUGCUGCUGGAGUGUUUCGCCGAGGGCCUACCGACUCCACAGGUGGAAUGGACGAAAUUGGCUGGCGAUUUACCAAAGGGAAGAGAAACAAAAGAAAAUUAUGGCAAGACCCUGAAGAUCGAGAACGUCUCCGACCAGGACAAAGGGAGUUACCGCUGCACGGCCAGCAAUGACCUGGGAACAGCCAGCCACGAUUUUCGUGUCAUCGUCGAAGAACCUCCACACUGGACCAAGAAGCCCGAGAGUCGCGUGUACAGCACGGGGGACAGCGGCAUCUUGCUGUGUGAGGCGGCGGGGGAGCCGCAGCCCACCAUCAAGUGGAGAGUCAACGGCUCCCCGGUGGACAACCAUCCAUUCGCUGGUGAUGUGGUCUUUCCCAGGGAAAUCAGUUUCACCAACCUGCAGCCCAACCACACUGCCGUGUACCAGUGCGAAGCCUCCAACGUCCAUGGCACCAUCCUGGCCAAUGCCAACAUCGAUGUUCUAGAUGUUGUUCCAUUGAUCCAAACCAAAGAUGAAGAAAACUACGCGACGGUGGUUGGCUACAGUGCUUUCUUACACUGCGAGUUCUUCGCUUCACCGGAGGCAAUCGUGACCUGGGAGAUGGCAGAUGAAGCGCAGCCUCUCCAGGGCAGGCGGUACCAUGUCCACAGAAACGGCACGUUGCAGAUCAACAGAACCACCGAAGAAGAUGCCGGGUCCUACUCUUGUUGGGUAGAAAACUCUUUAGGAAAAACCGCAGUCACAGCCAACUUGGAUAUUCGAAAUGCUACAAAACUCCGAGUUUCUCCUAAGAAUCCCCGUGUCCCCAGAUCGCACGUGCUCGAGUUACACUGCGAGAGCAUAUGCGACUCACACUUGAAGCACAGCUUGAGGCUGUCCUGGAGCAAAGAUGGGGAAGCCUUCGAAUUUAACGGCACAGAAGAUGGCAGGAUAAUUAUUGACGGAGCCAAUCUGACCAUUUCUAAUGUCACUUUGGAGGACCAAGGCAUUUACUCCUGUUGGGCUCAAACUGCUCUGGAUAGCGUGACCGAGAUGACGCAAGUCACUGUCCUCGAUGCUCCGGAUCCCCCAGAAAACCUUCACUUGUCUGAAAGAGAGAACAGGAGUGUCCGGCUGACCUGGGAAGCUGGCGAGGACCACAACAGCAAUAUCAGCGAGUAUAUCAUCGAAUUUGAAGGAAACCGGGAGGAACCUGGCAGGUGGGAGGAGCUGACCAGGGUCCCAGGAAAGGAGACAACAGCCCUGUUGCCCUUGGCCCCGUAUGUGAGGUACCAGUUCAGGGUGGUCGCCGUGAAYGAGGUCGGGAGAAGUCAGCCUAGCCCGCCUUCGGAGCAUCAUGACACACCUCCGGCAGCUCCAGACAAGAACCCAGAAAACAUAAGGGUGGAAGCGUCUCAGCCCAAGGAGAUGAUCAUCAAAUGGGAGCCUUUGAAGUCCAUGGAGCAGAAUGGGCCAGGCUUGGAGUACAGAGUGUCCUGGAAGCCCAAGGGAACCUCAGAGGAGUGGGAAGAGGAAACGGUCACAAACCACACGUUGCGGGUGAUGACAGCUACCGUCUAUGCACCUUAUGACGUUCAAGUUCAAGCCGUCAAUCAGCUUGGUGCUGCACCUGAGCCGCAGUCAGUGACCCUGUAUUCUGGAGAAGACUAUCCUGACACCGCGCCAGUGAUCCAUGGGGUGGACGUUAUAAACAGCACGUUGGUGAAAGUUGGCUGGUCAACAAUCCCCAAGGACAGGGUGCACGGACAUCUGAAAGGAUACCAGAUAAAUUGGUGGAAAACAAAGAGUCUGUUGGAUGGAAGAGUGCAUCCCAAGGAAGUAAACAUUCUAAGAUUUUCAGGACAAAGAAACUAUGGAAUGGUCCCUUCCCUAGAUCCCUUCAGUGAAUUUCACUUGACCGUCUUAGCCUAUAAUUCCAAAGGUGCUGGGCCCGAGAGUGAGCCUUAUAUAUUUCAAACGCCAGAAGGAGUGCCCGAACAACCAGCUUUUCUCAAAGUCAUCAAAGUUGAUAAAGACACUGCCACUUUAUCCUGGGGACUACCUAAGAAACUAAAUGGAAACUUAACUGGCUAUCUGUUACAAUACCAGAUAAUCAAUGACACCUAUGAGAUUGGAGAAUUAAACGCUGUCAACAUUUCAACUCCAACCAAACCCAGCUGGCGUCUCUCAAACCUCAAUGCAACCACCAAGUACAAGUUCUACUUGAGAGCUUGCACCUCCAAAGGCUGUGGGAAGCCCAUCACGGAGGAGAGCGCCACCUUGGGAGAAGGGAGUGAAGGUGUCAGGAAGAUGGCAGAAGGAGUAAAUCUUACUCAAAAGAUUCACCCCGUAGAGGUAUUUGAGCCGGGAGCGGAACAUAUAGUUCACCUCAUGACUAAGAAUUGGGGUGAUAACGAUAGUAUUUUUCAAGAUGUAAUUGAGACAAGAGGGAGAGAAUAUGCCGGGUUGUAUGAUGACAUCUCCACCCAAGGCUGGUUUAUCGGAUUGAUGUGUGCAAUCGCUCUUCUCACACUGAUUCUGUUAACUGUUUGCUUUGUGAAGAGGAAUAAAGGUGGGAAGUAUUCAGUGAAAGAAAAAGAGGACUUACAUCCGGAUCCAGAAGUCCAGUCCGUGAAAGAUGAAACUUUUGGUGAAUACAGUGACAGUGAUGAGAAACCCCUCAAAGGAAGCCUUCGGUCCCUCCAUCGGGAUAUGCAAGCCACAGAAAGUGCUGACAGCUUAGUCGAGUACGGAGAGGGAGACCACGGUCUCUUCAACGAAGAUGGAUCGUUUAUUGGCGCUUACACGGGGUCCAAGGAGAAGGGAUCUGUGGAGAGCAAUGGAAGCUCCACCGCCACGUUUCCACUUCGAGCAUAA